GGUGCAACGCCAAAGCCACUGGGGGCUACAUGAUCGUAUUCGAAUCCUAGCUUAACCCCUUUGGAACGCUUUACUGAUCGUAUUUCGAAUCAAAGGCCUCGAUUUUUCUUUCUAUUUGUCUUAAGUUUUUUGAAAAGCAAUUUUUGAUUUUGUCUUGAGACUUUUUUGUUCAGAUCUAAGUAUAAGUGUGGCUUAAAUUUAGGGAUAAUUAAUUUUGUGCCCCUAGUUGUGUCACACUCGUCUCUUUUACCCCUAGUUUCAGAAACUCACCUGUUCUGUCCAAGCCACUUUGGGAUUCUUUCGUUUUUGCCCUUCCGUCACGGUUCCGCUUGGUCAGCGCCGUUUGACCGUAUACGGCGCUCCAUUUUGGACAAUUUUGCCCCCGUGGCCAUUGCCCCCUUAUCGCUUCGUCCUCCUCGAGCUCACUUGGGGAAUCAGACAGAGGUGCUGGUGAAGAACAGAUCCAGAGGCGCGGGAGAGGAUUGAAGGGAGGAGAAGAUGCGGACGACGAGCUUCGGGUCCUCGAGCUCAUCGACAGUGGUUGGUUUGGAAGCAGAGAUCGAUGGGAUUGGGAUUGUGGAGUUUGUCUCCGGGUACCAUCACCCAGACGAAUCGUUUUGCGGCUUGGAAUCGAGGUCCAAGCAUCGAUGCCCUGGUCAUGGGCUAGUUCCUGCUCACCGGGUGGCUUGGGGAGGGGCUAGCACUGGCCAGAGUUUUUUAGGAUGCCCACUUGAUUUACCAGAUGAGUGCAAGUGGGUGGUUUGGGUUGACCCUCCUCCUCCACUAUGUGUGGCACUUGCAUUUGAAGAUCUACAUGCAGAGGUUGAAUGAAGCUGGAUCAAGUCUCACAAAUUGCAGAGGGAAAAUAUGGAGCUGACAAAGAAGAACCGUGCUUUGAAGAAGAAACUGAAGGAGAGAGAUGAGAUGCUCAAUGUUUGGGUAGUGUUGUUUGCUGGAAUUAUUGUAUGCGUUGUACUUGUUGCAUUUUCAAGGCAGUGAGUGAAUCAAGUAUGUUUGUUGUAACGGAUCCCUUGUAGUAAUGUACCAAACUUAAUGUAAUGCAGUUUGUUGUUGGAUGAUGAAA